ACGUUCCUACUCCGCUUCUACCCUGUCCCUCUCUCUCUCUCUCUCUCUCUCUCUCUCUCCCCUCCUCUUAUCGAAGCCUUAACCCUAACUCUAUCCCACACUCCCAGCGAUUAAUAGCUGUAUUCGAAUUCUUCAUGUGCUGCAUUUAGCUUCAGAAGUUCGAGCUUGGAGGUUGGCAAUGGAGAAUCCCUCGGUGGAGGUGGAGAUUGGGACAUCUGCGGAGUCCUUGGGGAAGUUCUUGGACUCGCAGAGGGAGCUUUUCCACAGCCAGAUCGAUCAGCUCCAGAGAAUCGUCGGCACCCAGUGCAAACUCACCGGCGUCAAUCCUCUCUCCCAAGAAAUGGCAGCUGGUGCUCUUUCAAUUAAGAUUGAUGGUCCAAUUGCAGGAAAAAGACCUAGAGAUUUGUUAAAUCCAAAGGCUAUAAAGUAUAUGCAAUCUAUUUUUUCGAUUAAAGAUACGAUUAGUAAGAAGGAAACUCGGGAGCUCAGUGCUCUAUUCGGCGUUACAGUCACACAGGUUCGUGAUUUCUUUAACAGCCAACGGUCGAGAGUCAGAAAACUAGUCCAGUUGUCAAGGGAAAAGGCCUUGAAAUCCGGUGAACAUGAAGAUUUGCGCGAUGGGGUCUCAACAAGCCCUGAUUCUUUGAUACCAAGUGAUCCAGUUCCCUUGAACUCUGUUGGUCCCUCCAAUGUUGACGACGCACCAUCAUGCUCAACACAAGAUAGUGCUCUUUCUAGAUUAGACGACUUAGAUAAACGUUUUGUAGAAGAUAUUUUCAACUUGAUGCGGAAAGAAGAAACAUUUUCUGGGCAAGUGAAACUGAUGGAGUGGAUUAUGCGGAUACAAAAUUCUUCAGUAUUAUGUUGGUUUUUAACUAAUGGUGGUGUAAUGAUUUUAGUAACAUGGUUGAGUCAAGCUGCUGUCGAAGAACAAACAAGUGUUCUACUUGUUAUCUUAAAGGUCCUUUGUCAUUUGCCUCUUCAUAAAGCUCUUCCUUUGCAUAUGUCAGCCGUACUGCAAAGUGUUAAUCGACUCCGGUUUUACAGGACACCAGACAUAUCAAACAGGGCAAGAGUUUUGCUAUCAAGGUGGAGCAAGCUAUUAGCGAGAAGCCAAGCUAUGAAGAAACCAAAUGGCAUUAAAACAUCUAGUGAUUCGGAAGAGUUAGUAAUUCUGAAGCAGAGUAUCGAUGAAGUUAUGGGCGAUUCAGAAUCAUGGAAGUCAAAUAUGGAUAUUUCUGAAGACAUCCUUGGAACACCUUUUGAAGUGCAGAAAACUUUCAGGAAAUUAGAGGCCUCAGAACCCUUGAAGUUAUUGACAGCAUCACCAGAUGAGUCAAAUAAGAAGAACAUCUUGGGUGUAUCUUCAUCUCAAUUUCGUGAGCGCAGAAAAGUUCAGUUGGUGGAACAGCCCGGCCAAUCAGCUGGGAGAAGUGUACCGGCCACAAGGACAACAACUGUGAGUCAGGCUCGUCCAAUGUCUGCUGAUGAUAUCCAAAAAGCAAAAAUGCGAGCACAAUUUAUGCAGAGCAAGUACGGGAAAUCUCGUUCAUCCCAGGAAAAUAAAGAAUUGAAGACUGAAGGUGUGGACAAACUUACAAUCUCUCAGGCAAGCAUUUUGCCCAUGGUACCCAAAGUUCCAAUUCGGUCUAAUAUUGAGGAACCCAAGAAACCCUCGACAAAUCCUUUGAAAGAGAGGGAAAUUCCUAAUAAGCCCGAAACUUCUCUUGCCCCAAAGCGGAGUCUGGAUUUGAAGGAGCCCAUAUUAGAGAAGUGCCCAAGAAUCCAGAUCCCAUGGAAGAUGCCUCCAGAAAUAAAACUCGAUCCUUCGUGGAGCGUUGGUGGUGGUGAAUAUUGCAAAGAAAUUGAAGUCCAGAGAAACAGAAACCGCCGUGAGAAGGAAACCAUCUACCGGACAGUUCAGGAGAUACCGUCUAACCCGAAGGAACCAUGGGACAUUGAAAUGGAUUAUGAUGAUUCAUUAACACCAGAAAUACCAAUCGAACAGCCGCCUGAUGUUGCUGAUACCACUGAAACACAGGCUUCCCAUAACAGAGAAGUAUAUAAUGCAGAAACAAUGGUCGUUCGUUCUCAAGGAGCAAACAAUGUCGCUUCCUUUCCACCGGCCUUAUCUCAAAUUAAUAACGCUAGCGCAGCUGAACCAGAUCUAGAACUGCUUGCCGUACUGCUAAAAAAUCCAGAACUGGUGUUUGCUUUGACUUCUGGCGAUGCUGCUAACUUGUCGAGCGAGGACACAGUAAAAUUGCUGGAUAUGAUAAAGUCUGGUGGGACUGGUGUUGCUGGUAAUGUAAAUGGUUUAGGUAGAAAAACGGAGGAGAGGGUCGAAGUUUCUCUUCCAUCCCCGACGCCUUCAAGCAACCCUGGAACGAGUGGAUGGAAGGGAGAUGCUGGAAGGAAUGCAUUUCCCCAACAGAUGCCGCAGGUGUCAUCUGCUCAUCACAUUAUUCCGCCGCAACGGCUAUCAACUUCCCAACCGGCAGUACCUUCAUACUCACCAGAUUAUCAUCGUAUGCAAUCACCAGCCUCUGAGAUGGCUUUAACCAUGAAGAACACGCACUUCCACAACGUAUCAAACACGGCCGUGCCUCCGAUUUGGGGUGAAGGCACGAUCAAUGUCGAACGAGCUCCCCUAUCUAACUCUUAUAAUGUAGCAGAACGGCAGCAGCCCUUGUUUUCCACUCCGGCAAGGCAACAAAGACAGCCGCAGCCAGUACAACAAUCCCCUUUUUCUGAACCUCACAUUCCUAUGUACACGCCUAAACAGCCGAUGGGCAAACCCGGCCCUCCAUCCGAUUCGUGGAGAGCCAGGCAGGAUUUGCCUUCAAAUUACCAUUACAUAGAGAACCCAAAUCAGUAUAAUGCUUCGUAUGGAGGGCAUUUGCAGGCACACCUGUUGCCAGGUCCGUCUUGGGAAGGAAAUGAACAUGUUGGUGGCGAACAAGAUUUCCAAUCGUGGAGUCCGGAUAAUAGUCCGAGUAGAAAUCCUGGGUAUAUGUACGGAAGAGAACCCAGAACAAACCCGGGACAGGAUUACAGGUCGAGGAGAAGGAAUCCUGCCGGAUACCGGGACCAUAAUAGGCAGCAGGGAAACAGAUGGCCUAAUCGCGGCGGACGCUGAGGUCCUAUAAUCCAGAGUGGAUGUGUUAAGAACGCAUUAGUUCUGUCUCUCUGCCUUUGAUUGGAUCAAGUUUUGGGGCAGACAGAUGAUGUGGCACGGAAAUCUCAACUCGAAUGGAUGAGAAACCCUUACUCAAGCGCCUCACAGUUUUGGGAUGACCGGAUUAUUGAAACGAGUGAGAGCUUGUAAAAGCCAUCGUGACUGUGUUGAUCUGGGAUGCUCAUAAAGGACUCUCUACUGAUCAUUAGUUUUAAUUUUAAUAGGGUGAAAAAAAUAUUCUAACAUUUGAGCAGCCUUUGUCUCGGUACUAAAAACAAAUAUAAAAAUUCUUGGGCCUAAUACUUUAAUUUAAGGAUUGGAUUUGUU